AUGGAGGGUGUAGGGGGUCUCUGGCCUUGGGUGCUGGGUCUGCUCUCCUUGCUAGGUAUCCUAGGAGCGCCCCUGGCCUCCAGCUGCCCAGGAGCCUGUGGUACCAGCUUCCCAGAUGGCCUCACCCCUGAGGGAACCCAGGCCUCCUGGGACAAGGACAUUCCUGCAAUUAACCAAGGGCUCAUCCCGGAAGAAACCCCAGAAAGCAGCUUCCUCAUCGAGGGGGACAUCGUCCGGCCGAGUCCCUUCCGACUGCUGUCAGCAACCAGCAGCAAGUGGCCCACGGGUGGUGGUGGAGUCGUGGAGGUCCCCUUCCUGCUCUCCAGCAAGUACGAUGAGCUCAGCCGCCAGGUCAUACUGGAGGCUCUCGCGGAGUUUGAACGUUCCACGUGUGUCAGGUUUGUCGCCUACCAGGGCCAGAGAGAUUUCAUUUCCAUCAUCCCCAUGUAUGGGUGCUUCUCGAGUGUGGGGCGCAGCGGAGGGAUGCAGGUGGUCUCCCUGGCACCCACUUGUCUGCAGAAGGGCCGCGGCAUCGUCCUGCACGAGCUCAUGCACGUUCUGGGCUUCUGGCACGAGCACGCGCGGGCCGACCGGGACCGCUAUAUCCGUGUCAACUGGAACGAGAUCCUCCCAGGCUUUGAAAUCAACUUCAUCAAGUCUCGGAGCAGCAACAUGCUGACGCCCUAUGACUACUCCUCUGUGAUGCACUAUGGGAGGCUCGCCUUCAGCCGGCGCGGGCUGCCCACCAUCACACCGCUUUGGGCUCCCAGCAUCCACAUCGGCCAGCGAUGGAACCUGAGUGCCUCGGACAUCACCCGGGUCCUCAAACUCUACGGCUGCAGCCCAAGUGGCCCCAGGCCCCGUGGGAGAGGGUCUCAAGCCCACAGCACUGGCAGGAGCCCCGCUCUGACCUCCCCAUCCCUGCAGCAGCUUCUGGAGGCACUGUCAGCGGAAUCCAGGAGCCCCAACCCCAGUGGUUCCAGUGCGGGAGGCCAGCCCGUUCCCGUGGGGCCUGGGGAGAGCCCACGUGGGUGGGAGUCCCCUGUCCUGAAAAAGCUCAGUGCGGAGGCCUCGGCAAGGCAGCCUCAGACCCUGGCUUCCUCCCCGAGGUCAAGGCCUGGAGCAGGUGCCGCCGGUAUUGCUCAGGAGCAGUCCUGGCUGGCUGGAGCAUCCACUGAGCCCACAGCCCCAUCUUCAGAAGCGGGAAUCCAGCCAGUCUCUGUCCAGGGAAGCCCAGCUCUGCCAGGGGGCUGUGUACCUGGAAAUCAUUUCAAGGGGAGGUCCAAAGAUUAA